AUGGGGAGCCUGGAGCAUGGAACAUUUGACACAAAACUUCAUGAGGCAGUCCGGUAUGGUGACAUAGAUGCUGUGAGGUUAGCUCUUCAACAAGGCUACGACCCCAAUCUGAUUGGUCUGUAUCAGUGGAGUGCCUUACACGAAGCCUCACAUAACGGAGAGGAUGACAUACUCAAGCUCUUACUAAAACACAAAGGUAACCCAGACAAACCAGACUCGCUGGAUGGAUUCACAGCUUGUCACUAUGCAGCCCAGGCAGGACAUGUUGAUUGUCUCUCUCUGUUGCUGGCAGCCGGGGGCCACUGGGAUGUCAAAAACAAACAAGGGCAGACAACUCUGGAUGUUGCUGCAGAGGAAUGUCUGAAUAUCUUAAACAUAGCUAGUAUUCAGAAGGUUGAGGAGGAGGAAGAGGAGGAGAUAGAAACUGAGAAACACUCAUUAGACCAGGAAGAUCCUGUUAAAGAUGAUGUGUCAUUAUCAGGAGAAUCCAAUGUAGAAUCUAUCAAUCAAGAUCUUGUAAAAGUCAAAGAUAAGAAAGUUAAAGAUCCAGUUUUGGGUUAUCUCCACCUGACAUUUGAGUACCAUGCUAAGAAAAUGACGCUGAAGAUUAGAGUUUGGCAGGUCACAGAUCUUCUUCUACCACCACCUACAACUUCAAUGAUCCAUUCCAUUUACGUCAAGUCUUACCUCAUGCCUGACAAGAAAAAGAACUCCAAAAGGAAAACAGAAGAAAUACGGGUAGAGAGUACGGAGGCACACCUCCAAGUAAAGAAAGGAACCCAAGGUUAUCAACAUGUCUACUCCCCAUCAACGUUUCAGUUCACCAAGCCUCUAGAAUACACAGACAUCACUGCUGACCUGGUUCAAAACAGAAGUGUCCAACUAGAGGUUUGUAUCACGCAGAAGUAUUCAAAACGCAGCUUUUUGAUUGGCCAGUACCACUUACCAUUGAAGUCUGCUGUUCGUAAGUUAGUGCGGACAAGUUAUCCAUUAAUUCCGUGUAUGAAUCACACUAUACCUUACAAUAUGAAGGUUUACUAUGCAUCUGACCUUCAGGUUACAAACUCAGCACAAGUGUUCUACAGUAACCCGAACAUCAGGAAUUUGUCCCUGACUGACCUGUCCGAGGGAUCAGAACGUGCACUCAGUGAACUCGAACUCACAGGGGUCACAAUUGGGGAAGAUUCUGCCUUACAUUCAGAUCAUUCUGUGGUGAAAGUGAAAGACUUUGAUGAGGAUGAAGCACCAAAAACUUCUUUAAAACGUGUGACUAUAUUAGAGGACGAGGAUUUUGAUACAGAUGUAGUUAAGGUCAAUAUGAAAAAGGUUGCAGGGUUAAGUGUUCAGGGUUCAGAGGUCAAGGUCAGAGGAAGUAUAUCAAGUGUGAAUGAUGUUUCACCUCACCAUUUAGAUAGUCAUACUAAUAUAACAAUGGAUGAAACAAGUACUUUUGUUCCGAUACCAAAAAAUACUGAUCAAGAUAAGAAACAACAUAAAAAGAAACACAAGGGUGUACAAGGGCAGCAUGCUGACAACCAAGUCUCCAGGCCUGAGACCCCGACCUGGGACUACUAUGACUUUGACACUGGCACCAGUGUUGUGGAAAUUCCCUUUGAGGACUCACCACCUCCUGUUUCAAGGCCACAGGUAGAGAGGGCAACUGUGCACAGACCAACUGUACAACAACAAAUUGCCACCCCGAUCUGCCUUCCCAUGGACACUACCAUGGGACUACAGGCUGAACGCAGGUCACAUAGACAGAAAGGUCACAGGAAGGAGAAAACACACACAAGUGUAGAUAGAAUUCCUGUGAUUGUGGUUACACAGGAAGACGGUCCAAAGUCUACUGUGGUGGAUACUACAAAAAUUAAAAAACUCACAACACCCAAAAAAUUCAAUAUCAUACCGCAGGAUGUUGAAAUAGAAAUGAGCAAUUUAGAUAUUAACUCUGAUGUAAAUGGUCAAAGGUCAUAUAAAAGUUCAAAGUCAAGGUCAAAAGGGGUUGCAGUGGAGGUUGCAGCAGAUGUACAUGUGGAUGGACACCACAGAGUUAACAGUGAUACAUCUAUUGAGAUUGAGCCUGAGGAAUCUUAUGUUAUUGAUUUCGAAGAAAUAGAGGCGAGUAAAUCCAUCAUGCAGUCAGAUUUACUAAAACAGCAUAAGGUGCCAAUGCAGGUGUUUAUAGAUGAGACAUAUGACAGUAUGGAUGAGUUUAGUAUCAGUUCAAACAACAUCACAAAGCCUUCCCUCCCACAAAGGAAGAGACAGCCCAGAGAUAAAGAGUUUUUUCCUGGAGAGGAGGAUUUGGAAGUGAUUGAAGUAUAG